CGAGCACAUACAGCAGACCAUACGGACCAGGCCCCAUGUGCUAUUGUGUGCAUCGGACGUCUUGUUCCUGGCAUCGCAAAGACAAACGCAGUGGCACAAGGCAUGAUAUAUCGACAUCAGGUCCCUUCAAUACAGGACGUCCCCUAACCUUCAUCGUCCUCCACAACACUGAACACACAGACAUCGAUGGCCCCCGCCUGCCGGACUUGCAUUGUCGAUCCCGGACGGGGAAUUGACCAGCACACUUGGCUUGUCGACUCUCUGGCUAGAGCGUUGAGGACAGCCAGCCGCGACGCAUGCUUCAAGAAGAUCGCUAAGGAAGUCGCGCAAGGGUUCGAAAGCCGGUUCGACCCGUCAGUGCUCGGGAUCAUCACCAAGAACGGCAAGUUCGUGCGCUAUGAAACGAGCGAAGAGCGCAGAGAGCGGUGCCGGGAUAGACCCAAG